AUCAAGAGACGCACCUCCAGAGCAGUCCGCAACAGCCCGACCGCAGCCCUGAAGGAUACGCCCCGUGGGCCCCCAAACAUGUUCCACUGCAGUCAAUCGACGCAUCUCCAGAGCAGUCUGCAGCAGCCAGACCGAAGCCCUGAAGCAUGCGUCGAAGGCACAGAUCAACAGACGCACCUCCAGAGCAGUCCGCAACAACCAGACCGAAGCCCUGAAGGAUGCCACGAAAGACAAAGGAAAGAAAGAAAGAAGAGAGAAAGCCUUUGUCAGACCAAGCCGACUAGGCAGCAGCAGCAAGGACUGAACCAGCUGUCUCAACUGCAUGGCAGAAGAAAGAACCUGGUAUAGAAAUCUGGCAAGGUGGAGUGGUGUUGCGUCGACUAUGUUGGCUACACC